CACGCAGUUAAGUUCAGUUGAGUUGGGGUUCACGUCGUUCCUAGCGGCCGCUAAUGAGUCUAUCAAUGAGAAAUAGUUUUUUUCUUUAAUGCCUGACUUAUUCUCUACGUUUUCGUGUAAUUUAAGUAAUAACUCACUAUCGAGCCGUUAAGUUGCCGUCUCAGGAUGAGCACGAAUAUGGAGAUAGCCGGAGUCGGUUACCCCGAGGAUAAUGCGACGAGAGCAGAGAAAUUCAAAGAAGAAGCGAACGAAUGUUUCAAAAAUCAAGACUACGAAAAAGCUAUUGAAUUAUAUACCAUGGCCAUAGAUUUAAAUCCUUCGGUGGCUGUCUACCAUGCAAAUAGGAGUUUCGCUUACCUUAGGACAGAGUAUUUUGGCUACGCACUUACGGAUGCGUCUAAGGCCAUUGAAGUAGAUAAAAAUUAUUUAAAGGGAUAUUACCGCAGAGCGGCAGCUUACAUGUCCCUUGGUAAAUUUAAGCUCGCUCUGAAGGAUUACGAGACGGUUACAAAAGCUAGGCCAAACGAUAAGGAUGCCAAAGCUAAAUACAGUGAGUGUAGUAAGAUCGUUAAGAAAUUAGCUUUUGAGAAAGCUAUUGCAGUAGAAGACAACAAAAAAAACAUAGCUGAUAUGAUUAAUUUAGAUGCAAUGACAAUUGAGGAUGAAUAUGUAGGCCCAAAGCUAGAUGAUGGAAAAGUUACUGUAGAAUUUAUGAAAGAAUUGAUAGAGUGGUACAGAAAGCAGAACAAAUUGCAUCGCAAAUAUGCGUAUAAAAUUCUCCUUGAUGUCAAAGCUUUGUUUAUGACGCAACCAAGUUUAGUUGAUAUUACCAUUCCUGAAAAUAGUAAAUUUACAAUUUGUGGGGAUAUACAUGGCCAGUAUUAUGACCUGCUCAAUAUAUUUGAAUUAAAUGCUUUACCAUCAGAAACCAAUCCUUAUCUAUUUAACGGAGAUUUUGUGGAUAGGGGUUCGUUUUCAGUGGAGUGUAUAUUUGUUUUAUUCGGUUUUAAAUUAUUAUACCCUAAUCACUUCUUUAUGUCUAGAGGUAAUCAUGAAUCUGUAACCAUGAAUCAGAUGUAUGGUUUUGAAGGCGAAGUUAAAGCAAAGUAUACCGCACGUAUGGCUGAGUUAUUUACAGAGGUAUAUAAUUGGUUGCCACUUGCCCACUGCCUCAAUGGUCGAGUACUUGUAAUGCAUGGAGGACUAUUCUCAAGGGAUGAUGUCACGUUGCAAGAAAUUCGAGAAAUCGAUAGGAAUAGGCAACCACCCGAGGAUGGGUUAAUGUGUGAAUUAUUAUGGUCCGAUCCCCAACCCCAACCAGGAAGAGCACCUAGUAAACGGGGAGUAGGAGUUCAAUUUGGACCAGACGUAACACAGAAGUUCCUUACAUUAAAUGGACUCGAUUACAUUGUCAGAAGUCACGAGGUUAAGAACGAGGGAUACGAAAUUGGACACAAUGGAAAAUGUAUCACAGUUUUCUCGGCUCCAAACUAUUGUGAUACUAUGGGUAAUCGAGGUGCCUUUAUCACCCUUAAUGGCAAAGACAUGUAUCCUUAUAUUAUGUCAUACGAAGCGGUGCCUCAUCCGGAUGUUAAGCCAAUGGUGUAUGCUAAUUCUCUACUAAAGUUAAUGUGCUAGUGAAGCAGAUUAGUAUAUUAUUGACAAAUAAAUGAAUAAUAUUAAUUCAACACGAGUAGCCCAAUCAAAGUGUACAAGACAGAUUAUCAUAAUACCUGUAUCAUAAUACUGUAACAAAAACGUAAUAUUAAUGGGUACAAAGAUGAUUUACACCUUCGUUUGCUUUCUGGAGAGCUUGAGUUGGACCAAGGAUAUACACGCCUGUACAUACAUACAACCCGAUGUUCCGUCCGUAUGUAUUUUACGGGACGGAACGUUUCUAUUUUGUACCCUCGAUUGGGCCCCAUUGCUCACUAUGGACAUCGGCGUUCGCGCACAAACCUGGCAAGUGAUCUCAAAAACAUUAUUACAUGUAGGAGGUAGCUCUAUUUCGGCGUUAAUGCUACGCAUUAAAGCCGUGAGUACCUACACACGUCUAGAAUGAACGAUAACGUUUCAGCGCAGGAACUAUGAUUAUUGUAUAAAUCUAAACGUAUGCGAUAUAGUAUGAAUAUGUAGUACAAUGUCCCCAUCAGUCACUAGUUGUCACGUUAUUUGUAACUACUUUUCUACAAAUCUAUUGUGAUCGAUGGGGUUACUCUGAUAUAAAAUUUUGUUUUUUGUUAAUAAUAAAUCAUGUUUAUAAUGUG